AGUUUUCUUCUUGCCUUCGAAGCUGCUUGCUAACGUUUUCUUCAAGCACGAACGAUUCCCGAGCCACCGAAUAAAGAUAUCCAUGAAGAAAUCAGUAGCAACAGCAAGUCUGUAUUGCUUUCUGGUAUCCGGUAUGGCGCUGCUGUUCUUUCGCAACUCGAGUCCAGGAACUCGGGAGCAAACCUCUCAGGAACUUUCACUGGGAAAGAACAGCAGCGUAGACGGCUGCAAAGGCAAGAGGGUCUUCGUCUACGAUCUCCCCAGUGAAUUCAACUCGCAGCUGCUCGAGCGAUGCAACUCGGGCAUUGUCAACUGGCUCAACUUCUGCGAUCACGUCUCCAACGACGGAUUUGGACAGCCAGUGCCACAGGAGUUCGAGCCGCUGCUGGGAAAAGGGUGGUACAAGACCGACUCAUACAUGCUCGAGGUGAUCUUCCACCGGAGAAUGGCGAGCUACGAGUGCCUCACAGACGAUCCAGCUCGAGCAAACGCGUUCUACGUCCCAUACUACGCCGGGCUGGACGCCUUGCACUACCUCUACAACCCCGGCGCCAACAAGAGCUUGCAUGGAGCCGGGGUGGCGGAGUGGCUCGAGAGGAACGCCGCGAGGAAGUUUUGGGAUGAAGAACAGGGCGGCGGCGGUCGAGACCACUUCGUGGUGAUGGGAAGAACAGCCUGGGACUUUGGAGCUGGAUCAAACCCGGACCUUGAUCGCUGGGGGACGCCGAUCCUCGCGUCUCCAAAGUUCUCGAGCAUGAGCGUGCUGUUCGUGGAGAAGAAUCCGUGGGAUCCUCGUCGCCGGCAACACGCGGUACCAUACCCGACUGCGUUCCAUCCGGGCUCUCGCGGCGAGCUGGGCGAUUGGGUCGCGAGAGUCCGGGGCUCGCGGAGGAGCUACUUGUUCGCGUUUGCGGGGGCUCCCCGGCCAUCGCAGGAAGCGAGCAUCCGGAGCUUACUGCUGGAUCAGUGCGUGGGCGAGGCGAGCGCGCGGUGCAAAUUCGUCGACUGUGGUGAGCGACGCUGCGGACACGAUCCGGCGCCCAUCGCCGCGGCGUUCCUCAGCGCGGAAUUUUGCCUCCAGCCGCGCGGCGAUAGCGCCACUCGACGAUCCGUGUUUGAUGCCAUCGUCGCCGGGUGUAUCCCGGUGUUCUUCCACGAGGACUCGGCAUAUUCGCAGUACACGUGGCACCUUCCGGACGAUCCGCGUGGCUACUCUGUGUUCGUCCGUGAGGAGGAGAUCAAGGGCGGGAACGUGAGCAUCUCCGAGGUUCUUGGGAGGUUCCCGCGCGAGGAGGUGGCCGCAAUGAGAGCGCGCUUGCUGGAGAUGGCGCCCAGAUUGAUCUACGCGCACGGGGGAGGGUCUGAUCGGCUGGAGGGUGAUGCGUUUGAUGUUGCGAUCCAGCGGGUUUUGGAGGAAGCAGCCCAUGGGUCGAUCGCUCGAGGCUGAAAAUUGAAAUUGAUGAAUGGAAUCGAGAGAGUUUCUUUCCUCU